UUGUGUCUUUGCAAACUGAAACACACACACACACACACACACACACACACACACAUAAAAGACUGAAGGCUGCAGAAGUUUGAGUCCGAAGUACAGAGAAACUGUAAAGAAGCACUGAUAUGGAAAUGCAGCUUCCACCUCACGAGGGAGACGAGCUCUCAGUGGUUGACAUGCACACCGGUGGAGAGCCUUUACGGAUCAUCCUCGGCGGCUACCCAGAGGUCAAAGGUGACAGCGUGCUAUCCAAGCGGCGUUACGUACGAGAACAUCUGGACCACCUCAGGAGGGUGCUGAUGUACGAGCCCCGGGGACACUACGACAUGUACGGAGCCCUGAUCGUGGACAGCGAGAUACCCGAGGCUGACCUGGGGGUGCUGUUCAUGCACAACGAGGGCUACAGCACCAUGUGCGGACACGCCGUCAUCGCACUCGGACGCUUCGCUGUCGACUACAAACUGGUGAAGGAGACAAAGUCACCAGAGACGCAGGUGAACAUACACUGUCCCUGCGGGCUGGUGAUGGCGUUUGUUGAGUACUCUGAUGGUAAAACAGGAGGAGUGAGGUUUCUCAGUGUGCCGGCCUUUGCAUUUGCUACAGAUGUGAAGGUGAGCGUGGAAGGGUUCGGUGAUGUGACGGUUGACAUCAGCUACGGAGGAGCCUUCUACGCCUUCGUAAACGCCCAGAGGUUUGGCCUGGACGUCACCAAGUCCAGGACUCGAGAUCUAGUAGACGCAGCCUCAGCGGUGACAAACGCUGUCAAAGCUCAGGUGAAGCUGCACCACCCAACCAGUGAUGAUCUGGCCUUCCUCUACGGCACUAUCCUCACCGAUGGAAAAGACGAUUAUUCCUCUGAUCCCACCGCCAACGUCUGUGUGUUUGCAGAGGCUCAGGUGGACCGAAGUCCCACUGGUUCUGGUGUUACAGCUCGAGUGGCUCUGCAGUAUCACAAAGGUCUCAUCCAGCUCAACCAGACCAGGACGUUUCAGAGUGGAGCCACCGGAUCCCAGUUCACAGGAAAAGCUGUCGAGGAGACCAAGUGUGGAGACUUCAAGGCCGUCGUGGUGGAAGUCGCAGGCAGAGCUUUUUACACCGGAGUUUCUCGCUUUGUGCAGGAGCCGGACGACGAGCUGACUCGUGGGUUUCUGCUGAAGUGAGCUUCAAAUGUUGUUGUUGUUCAUUUAAACGUGGCUGUAGAUGAAAAGGUAGUUAAAAAAUGAAGAGUUACAAAAACGCUUUGUACCGAAAGCAAAUCUCUAAACUCUAAGAGGAGAAUAUGAGUUAUAAUAAACUGUUUUAAGGAUAUACAGUUAAAA